AUGUCGAUCCCAUCUACCUCUCAAUUAUUCGAGGCUGGACUGAGGAACUCUCCGUCGCAAUCAGGAUUCUUGGAUUCCUUAGUAAAACAGCAGCUCGAGAUAGCUUCUCGAGAUAUGGAAAUGAAUACGCCACCUCCUUUAUCCUCUGAUUCGGAGGAUCUUGUUUCCGAUCUUGGCGAAUACUUUACCCGCACUGCAACAAUAUGGGCUCAACUCACACAGCGGCUUAUCAAAGGCCCUCAUAUCAUCCAGGCGUCCUUCAGGGCUCACGAGCGCUCCAGGGCAGAAAGUCGAAUGUCCGACCUUGCUGAGCUCGCCAAAAUUGACAUGGGGUUAUCAAAGCUGAGGCCUCGAUUCACCUUUCAGCUAACGAUUCUCGGUUCACGUGCCGAUAGGCAAAUCGGAGAUCUGAGUGACCGAUUUUCUCGUGAGGUCCAAGAAGUCUGGUGGCCACACGUCUCCAUGAUGAACGGGGGGGGCCAGGAAGUUUUGCAGACGUCUAUCUCACCAUUCUGUGACAAUAAGAUAUCUUCGAUUUCAGAGUCCGUAUCCUUGGCUCAUGAGCCUGAUUCGGCACAUUUUACAUCUCGCAAGCUCUUGCCAGACAAAAGCCAGUUGAGCCACGCCGGUAUUGGCGACGAUGGAUCCGGAUCAGAAGACUCAUCUGAUGACGAUGAGCAAUUCCAAUCUAUAGACAUGGAGGCCCUCAGACAAAGAGGCAAAGGGGUAUAUUUCUGUCCGAAAGGCAUGAAGUGUGACAAGGGUGGAGUUGAUAAGGACGGCAAUCUUGUCGUCUUUGACAGAAAUUCAUCGUUCGCGUACGUCUCUCUCCUGGUCCGCUGCUCAACUCGAGAAGCGUCUCCAAUCCCCUGA